ACUGUCGUGUCGGUCUGAUCUACGAAAUUACUAGUGCGGACGAGGUGUUGGAUGAGAUAGCAAUUAAACGACGGAAGAAACAUAGCUUCACAGCUAUCCGACGGCGGAGAUGAAGCAGCUGAUACUGUUCUGCUUGCUAUCACCAGCAAUUUUCGCCUGGUCGGAUAAAACUGAGAAUUUCAAUAAUGAUCCAUUUCCGACAUAUCCGGAGUACCCUUACAACCACAAACUAAAGCGAGGCACCGAAACAGAAGAAAACACUCAAUUAACAUCGGAACUGUACGCGCCGAAAGUCGACGCCAAGGACACCUAUAGCUCCAGCUACAGCAACAAUUAUCAAAGGGAUCCUUACAAUAAUCCUAAUUAUAAUCCGUAUCUCACAAACAGCACAUCCUCAUUCGUCAAUCCCACGUAUUAUAACGGUGGCGACUUAUAUGUGUACGCGCCAUAUCCUGCCUAUAAUUCAUAUCCUGCCUCGUACGCGGUGAAUCCCAUGUCACCGUAUCCAAACUAUUACUAUCAACCGCCCUAUUACUACACUCAUUACUUCAAUCACGGUCUGUUCCCGCCACCGCCGCCGCCACCGGCGCAGCCACAGCCUCAGUCUCAGCCGCAACCGCAGCCGCAAUCACAGCCGCAAUCGCAGCCGCAACCGCAGCCGCAAUCGCAGCCGCAACCACAGCCGCAAUCGCAGCCGCAGGUGUACCCGCAGGGGCACCCGCAGGGGCAGCCGCAGUUCCUAGGUGUCUUUUAUCAAGAGACACCGCAAGUUCCCAUCGCGGAAGACGACAAGCAGGACAAAAAGGUUGAGAAAGAAGAGACGAGCCAAGAUGCACAGGUGAGUCACUUCGUGGACGGCGGAAACUACAUAGCCGGCAACUCACGGGACCUUGACGUGCAAUCCAGCACGUAUAAAGCGGCCAAUCCGUACAAUCAACUCGCGCAAAAUGUUCAAGUGAAGAAUCUACCGAUAUCUUCGCCAAAAGUGACGUAUAAAGUCAUCAACGUAGAACAGCUAAUUAAUCAAGAUUACCAGCCGUCUACUGCAUACGUCAACACUCAACAGAUUGAACAGACGACGAGCCAAGCUUUUGCGAAUCUAUUGGGACAGCAACAAGUCGGCAACACCUACGACACCAGUAGGGACGCUUUAAACGGUGCCAAUGAUGGAUCGUACGGUGGAUCGUACGAGAACCAGAACGUUUACAAUUCAAACGCGGCGUCGUACGUGAGCCUUCCAGACGCGGGAAACAAAGCCGCUGCUGCCUACGUGAUCGAUUCCGUCGGAAUCCCUAAGGUCAAUAGGGAACGUACGAAGCAGAGUUCGUCGACUCAGAGGGCCUCGAGUAAGAGUAAGUACUCAAAUACCCGAAAGCCAGGAUCGCGGAAUCACUCCCAAGUGUCGUAUACAUCGCCUGAAAGUGGCAGCAAUCAUCGCGCUCAUGCGGCCAACGCAAGACUGGCAGGUCAAACUGACAAAUACGGCAGUUACGACGCGUCACAGAAUUACGACGGUACUUACAGUCAGACAGGCCACAAGCAAGAGCAGAAUUAUGGAACCUAUCAGAAUCAAGCGGGUUCUUAUCAGAAUGAGGGUUUUACUACUGCUCCUCAGACAACUCGAUCGUACAUUUAUCAGUACUCCGCUUACGAUUCUGAUCAGCAGGUGCAGCAGCAGCAGCAAGAUGAGAUCAACGGCAAGUUUGGAGCAAAACAAUAGAAGAUAAAAUACAGCAAACACUCAAACUGAUUUGAUACUAUUAUGUAUAAGUUGCACUGUUGUUAUUUCUUGUUGUUGAAUUGACGCGACUUCUUGUCCUAGCAAACUAAACAACUGUAUAGAACACCACAUAUCAAACUUUGUUUUUACAUUUAUAAUGUAUUAAUUAUUUACGAAAAUACACAGCUAAGUUAAUA